AUGGCGGCCGCCCCUGCUGCGGAGACCCUUGACGGGCACAAGGACAGGUUCGAUCUCGGGGUCUUCGUAGACGACCUCCCCCUCGACGAGGAAGUCACCAGUGACGACGAGUCCCUGGAGGGGCUGCAGCAGGAGCUUGACAACUGCAAGAAUGACCAGGAAGUCGCAAACAUUCUGGCCAAUGGCAUCAAACUGCGUGAGUACACAAAAGGCGUCGAAAAUAACAUACGCCAAAUUGAGCUGGAUUCUAUACAGGAUUACAUUAAGGAAAGUGAAAAUCUAGUUUCUCUGCAUGAUCAAAUUCGCGAUUGUGACAAUAUUUUGUCACAAAUGGAAACGGUUCUGACUGGAUUCCAGACAGAAAUUGGUUCCAUAAGUUCGGAGAUAAAGGUCCUUCAGGAGAAAUCUAUGGAUAUGGGAUUAAAGCUGAAAAAUCGUAAGGCUGCAGAGUCUAAACUGUCAAAAUUUGUUGAGGAUAUAAUAGUACCUCCAAGAAUGAUUGACAUAAUUGUUGAUGGAGAGGUCAAUGAUGAAUAUAUGAAAACACUUGAGACUCUAAGCAAAAAAAUCAAAUUCAUUGAUGCCGAUCCCAUGGUUAAAUCGUCCAAGGCUCUAAAAGAUGUUCAGCCUGAGGUUGAGAGACUACGACAGAAAGCUGUCUCAAAGAUUUUCGAGUUUGUCAUCCAAAAGUUCUAUGCCUUGAGAAAACCAAAGACUAAUAUUCAGAUUCUACAGCAGAGUGUUCUUCUUAAAUACAAGUACACGAUAAUUUUCCUUAAGGAACAUGCUAAGGAGAUAUAUGCAGAAGUUCGUGCAGCGUAUAUUGACACCAUGAAUAAGGUGCUAAGUGCACAUUUUCGGGCUUACAUACAAGCGUUGGAGAAACUACAGAUGGACAUAGCAACUUCCACCGACUUGCUUGGUGUUGAAACCAGAAGCACAGGCUUCAUUUUCUCCAUUGGAAAAGAACCUCUGAAAACCCGUCCUUCAGUGUUUGCUCUGGGUGAACGAAUAAACAUUUUAAAGGAAAUCGAUCAGCCAGCAUUGAUACCUCAUAUAGCUGAAGCGAAGUCACAGAAAUACUCAUAUGAAGUUCUUUUCAGAAGCUUGCAGAAACUUCUUAUUGAUACUGCCACUUCAGAAUACCUGUUUACUGAUGAUUUCUUUGGCGAAGAAUCCAUAUUCCAUGAUAUAUUUGCAGGACCGAUUCAAGUUGUAGAUGAACAUUUCAAUGCUGUGCUCCUGAACUGUUAUGAUGCAAUUGGCAUAAUGCUUAUGAUCAGAAUAAUUCAUCAGCACCAGCUCAUCAUGUUUAAGCGGCGAAUCCCAUGUUUGGACUCUUACCUAGACAAGGUUAAUAUGUCACUCUGGCCUCGCUUCAAGAUGGUGUUCGACUUGCAUUUGAACAGCUUGCGAAAUGCAAAUAUUAAGACUCUUUGGGAGGAUGAUGUCCAUCCACACUAUGUUACAAGGAGAUAUGCUGAAUUUACAGCUUCUCUAGCUCAUCUCAAUGUUGGACAUGGGGAUGGUCAGCUUGAUUUAAAUUUGGAGCGAUUGCGGAUGGCUAUUGAGGACUUGCUUGUUAAGUUGGCCAAGAUGUUUGCUAAACCGAAGUUGCAAACUAUUUUUCUGAUAAACAACUAUGAUUUAACAAUUUCCAUUUUAAAGGAAGCUGGAACUGAGGGUGGCAAGGCACAACAACACUUCGAGGAGGUUCUUAAGAGCAACAUUGCAAUAUAUGUGGAAGAGUUGCUCCUGGAGCAGUUCAGUAGUUUGAUCAAAUUCGUCAAAUCUCGUCCAGCGGACGAAACGGCUACAAAUUCGGAGAAGGCCAGCAUUGCCGAAGUCGAACCACUGGUAAAGGAUUUCGCGAGCCGGUACAAGGCCGCGAUCGAGCUGAUGCACUAUGACGUGAUCACAUCUUUCAGCAACUUCCUGUGCGGGAUGGAGAUCUUGAGAGCGACACUCGCGCAGCUCCUGCUAUACUACACCAGGCUCACCGAGUGUGUCAAGAGGAUCAACGGCGGCUCUGCCCUCAACAAGGACCUGGUGUCCAUAUCCUCCAUCCUGUUCGAAAUCAAGAAGUAUUCCAGGACGUUUUAG